AUGGCUUCAUUAAAUGUAUCUGCUGAAGAACUUUCUUGCCCCAAAUGUCAUGAAAUCUUCAAGGAUCCUGUUCUUCUGUCAUGUAGUCAUAGUGUCUGUAAAGAGUGUCUUCAACAGUACUGGAGAACCAAGAAAGCUCAGGAGUGUCCUGUCUGUAAGAAGAGAUCCUCAAAAGAGUUUCCUCCUUCUAAUCUUGCAUUAAAAAACUUGUGUGAGUCAUUCCUGAAGGAGAGAAAUGAGAGAAGUUCAUCAGGAUCUGAGGAGAUCUGCAGUUUGCACAGUGAGAAACUCAAACUCUUCUGUCUGAACGACAAACAGCUUGUGUGUGUAGAAUGCUAUACUUCAAAACACGCCAAACACACAGUCAAACCCAUCAGUGAAGUGGUUUCAUCAUAUAAGGAGGAGCUCAAUACGGCACUGAAGUCCUUACGAGAGAAACUUCAACACAAUGAAAACAUUAAAGGAAAGUUUGAGAAAACAGUCAAGUCUCAAGCUGAGCACACAGAGCGUCAGAUUAAACAGCAGUUUGAGAAGCUUCAUCAGUUUCUCAGAGAUGAAGAAGAAGCUACAAUCACUGCACUGAGGGAGGAAGAGGAGCAGAAGAAGCAGAUGAUGAAGGAGAAGCUGGAGGAGAUGAACAGACACAUCUCAGCUCUUUCACACACAAUCAAAGACAUGGAGGAGAUGAUGAAAGCCAGUGACGUCUGCUUUCUGAAGGAGUUUCCAGUCUCAAAGGAAAGAGUCCAGAGCUCACAGCCGGAUCCACAGAUGGCUUCUGGAGCUUUGAUUCAUGUGCCACGUUACUUGGGCAACCUGCCGUUCAGAGUCUGGAAGAAGAUGCAGGACAUCGUCCAAAACACUCCUGUCAUUCUGGAUCCAAACACGGCUCAUCCACGUCUCAUCCUGUCUGAUGAUCUGACCAGUGUGAGACGCAGCGAGAUCAAACAACCUCUUCCUGAUAAUCCAGAGAGAUUUGACGGUUAUCAGUGUGUUUUGGGUUCAGAGGGGUUUAACUCAGGAACACACUGGUGGGAUGUGGAGGUUAAAGAGAGUCGAUGGUGGACUCUUGGAGUAACUAAAGCAUCAAACCAGAGGAAGGGACGUGAUUUCUAUAACACUGAUGAUGUCUGGAAUAUGAUGCACAAUUGGACUGUAGGUUCUGGUUUUUCUGUUGAACAGAAGCUUGAUCGUGUGAGAGUGUAUCUGGACUAUGAUGGAGGAACGGUGUCAUUCUCUGAUCCUGUAACUAACACACAUCUACACACAUUCACAACCACCUUCACUGACACACUCUUUCCAUUCUUCAGUUGUUAUCCCUCUCUGAGGAUCUUGCCGGUCAAUAGUGAGUAAACGUUACUCCUGUAGGUCUGCUUCUUCCUGCU